GCACUGGGGCCUGCUGUGUUUUCAACGGAGGGAGAGCUGAGAGGAAAAAUGGCGUCUGCAGGCGACCCAGAGCGGGACACCGGCCAUUCAGUUUGAGCUUUCCGCCCUGAAAUUGAGACCGGGGCUUGGUGGGGACCUAUCAGGAACCGUCACCAGAUCUGUUGGUUUUUUCUUUCCCGCUUUUCUCCGGUGUGCGUGGCUCAUUCGACCUCCGAGAUUGAAGCGGAACAGAAGAUACUCUCUCCUACAAUGAGGGGGAGAAGAGGAAGGCCGCCCAAACAAGCAGCUGUGAUGCGGGAAGGUUCACCCGGGCCAGUCCGCGGCUCUCGGGGCGGCAGGAGUAGAGGGAUGCGUGGACGGGGAAGAGGCAGAGGACGGGGUCGGGGGCGGGGAGGAAGUGGCGGCGUUUGCGGCACUGGCUCUGCUGAGGUGGAUACAGAAAUCUCCGGCCGAGAGAACUUUCAUUCGUCCCGGGGCCGCAGGAAAGUUGGAGCCUCAACCACGGCGACGGCCGCGGGAUCGCGGGGCAGAGGAGCCAGAGGGAGAGGCAGGGGUUCGAGAGGCGGCCGUGGCAGUAGAGGCGGAGUGAGGCGACCUCAGACCAAGGUGGUCUACGACGACAACAGCGACGAGGAGGACGAUAAUUUAAGCUACAGGUCAGACGAAGAUGAACUCCUGAACGACAACCCUUCGUCGGAUCUGGAAGAAGAGGAGGCCUUGGGAAACGACUCUGAUUAUCUGGAGGAACUACCAGAUGAUGAUGAUGCCAGCUACUGUACCGAGAGUAGUUUUAGGAGCCAUAGCACGCUCGGUAGCACCCCAGGCCGGAGAAAGAGUCGGGCGAUGCAACCGCAGUCUCCCAUCCUUGAGGCAAAUGACAUUCCUCCCCUUGAGCUUCCCAAGUCUUCUGAGGACCUCCUGGUCCCUACCUCACAGCUGCUCAACGUGUCUGCUGUCUAUGAAGUCCUUCGCAACUUUGGCUCCGUUCUGCGGCUCUCCCCAUUCCGGUUUGAGGAUUUCUGUGCUGCUUUGGCCAGUCAGGAGCAGUGCACAUUGCUGGCAGAGACCCACAUCUCACUGCUCAAAGCUAUUCUCAGAGAGGAGGAUACUUCCAACACCACAUUUGGUCCAGCCGACGUGAAGGACUCCGUCAACUCCACUCUGUAUUUUGUGGAUGGUAUGACAUGGCCAGAGGUGUUGCGGGCGUACUGUGAGAGUGAUCCGGAGUACCGGCAUAUUCUGCCUUUCCAGGAGGCUGAGGAUUACCCAUAUGAACCGUUGGAGAGCAAAGUCAAAGUUCUCCAGUUUUUGGUGGACCAGUUCUUGGCAACCAACAUUGCCCGAGAGGAGCUAAUGUCAGAAGGAGUGGUUGCCUACGAUGACCACUGCAGGGUAUGCCAUCGCCUUGGUGACUUGCUGUGCUGUGAGACAUGUUCAGCAGUUUACCAUCUGGAGUGUGUGAAGCCGCCGUUGCAGGAAGUGCCAGAGGACGAGUGGCAGUGUGAGGUGUGUGUGGCUCACAAGGUACCCGGUGUGGCGGAUUGCAUCCCCGAGGCACAGAGGAGCAGACCAUUUAUUCGACAACUGCCAGUCGGCUUUGACCGACACCGCCGCAAAUACUGGUUCCUUAACCGCCGUAUUGCUGUUGAGGAGGACGGUGAGCAGGAGGACAAAACCAUCUGGUACUAUAGCACCAAGGUUCAGCUUGCUGAGCUCAUAGAUUGUUUGGAUAAGGAGUACUGGGAGGCGGACCUGUACGCAGCACUCGAGGAGAUAAGGGACGAGGUGCACACGCAUAUGGACAUCACUGAAGACUUAACCAACAAGGCCCGUGGCAGCAACAAGUGUUUUCUCACUGCUGCUAAUGAGGAGAUCCUCGAGCGGUUGCGGGCUAAGAAGGAGGAGGAACUGGAAGAGGUAAAGAGACGGGCAGCUGAGGAGGCCCAGAAAGCACGACUGGAAAAGGAGAAGAAGGAGGUGGAUGUCGAGAAGGAAGACGAGGAAGCUAAAUUCAAGGAUGAGGCGCAGCAGGAGAGCAAGGUCAAAGCUCUGACAAGGGAGGAGGAGCAGGAGGAGGCAAAAGAAGCGCUCACGGAAGAGAAAAAGGAAGGCGUCAGAAUGGGAGUUGAAGCUCCACCCACUGGCCAAGAAGGCGGUAGUGGCAGUAGAAUCCCUGAUGGACCUAUACUUCCAGCAACCACUGCUCCAACACAAAGCACCCACACUGCUGUGAGCUAUAGCCCGGCCACUGGUUCUCCAAAACCCCCAGCCUCCACCGUAGAGGCUCUGAUAGAGGGAUGUUCCCAUAUGGAGGUCUCUGACAACACCAAAGAAAGCCCACCAUCGAAUUCUGUCCCCGUCAGUGGAGACGACAUCCCCAGCCUGAGCCAGCCCACCCAAGCAAAUGAGGAGAAUAGUAAUAGCAGCAUGGGAGCUGGGGUCCCUCCCAGGGGUCCUGAACCUCCAGACCUGGCUGACAAGUCCUCCCAGUCAUCCCUUGCCAGCCUUGAUGACACAGUGGACAGUAAGGACUCGGCCAACGGCGAUACAACAGGCCUCAGCAGUAAGAAGUCUUCAGCGACUCGAAUGGUGACCCGGCUGAGGAAUCCAGAGAGCAAGCUGAGCCAGCUAAAAAAUCAGCAGGUGGCUGCUGCUGUCCACGAAGCCAACAAGGGGUUCAAAGAGGGCAAAGAGGUACUAGUAGUAAAUGCACAAGGUGACAUCACUCGUGUCAGCACACGCAACAGCAAGGACGUGGUGAUGAAGGGGACUCUCAGCCAGUACUUCAAACUUGGCCAGGAGGGGAAAUAUCGUGUCUAUCAUAACCAGUACAGCUCCAAUGCUGUGGCACUCAACAAGCACCAGCACAGAGAGGACCACGACAAGAGGCGGCAUCUCUCCCACAAGUUCUGCAUGACCCCAGCAGGAGAGUUCAAGUGGAACGGGUCCAUUAAUGGCUCUAAGGUUCUGACCAUCUCCACACUGAGACUCACCAUCAUCCAGCUGGAGAACAAUGUUCCAGCACCAUUCAUGCAUCCUAACUGGGCCUCUCACAGGACCAAUUGGAUCAAAGCAGUCCAGAUGUGCAGUAAGGCCAGAGAGUUUGCUCUGGCUCUGGCGAUCCUGGAGUGUGCCAUCAAGCCUGUGGCUAUGCUGCCUCUCUGGAAGGACUCACUAGGCCAUACCAGGUUAAACCGCAUGACAUCCAUGGAGCGUGAGGAGAAAGAGAAAGUAAAGAAGAGGGAGAAGAAGUUGGAGGAUGAGGAGACAAUGCAGCAGGCGACGUGGGUCAAGUACACCUUCCCAAUCAAACAUCAGGUGUGGAAGCAGAAAGGAGAGGAGUAUCGUGUCACUGGCUAUGGGGGCUGGAGUUGGAUCAGUAAGACUUACGUGCACCAGUUUGUUCCCAGACUUCCUGGCAACACCAACGCUAACUACCGCAAAGAACUGGAAGAUGCUAAACUUGGCAAGAAAUGUACCCUGUUGGACUUGAGUCGACGGACCAGCGUAGCUGAACCAGAACCUCAGGGAGCUGCUGUCCUAAGUUGUGAGGCAAAAGUUCAAGACUCCUCUAGCAUCUCUGAGCCCACAACAGAUCAUUUUAUGUCUGUCAAAGAUAUGGAGUCUAAUGAGAGGAUGGAAGAAGAAGAGAAAGAAGGGGCGGAUGAAAGAGAAAAGUCAGAGGAACUAUCAGCUGAUGAAUCACCCGUAAAGAUGGAGGUGGACCCCACAGAUUCGCGAUCAGAUGAAGAGCAAAGGUCCAGUGUUCAGAAGGAAAAGGCUUCCAUGAAGGAAGAGCGUACAGAGAGCCCCACACGACCCUUUAACUACGACGUAGUGGACGUUAGCAAGGGCUUCCUCACCCGCAUAGCUUACAAGAAGAAGGUCAAGUGCUCCAAGCUGGACAGCCUGUUGGAGCGACGUUUGAAGCAACACGUGAUUGAAGAGAGGCAGAGGCAGCGGGUGUCUGCCUCCAAUCCCCAGGUUCCUACACCAGUUUCAUCCAUUUCAGCUCCCACCCUGACCACUCCUGUCCGGUCACGGUCACCGCUCAAACCCCAUCCUCUUGUUCAGAGACAGCUCACGCUGGGUGAAGCUGUGAAAGUGGAGGAGAAAUCUUCCACAACACAAACUCCAGAACCAGGAGAAGUUGGAGUGCGAGAGGUUGAAGGGGAGAGUCAGGCUGAACUCUCUAAAACUACAGAUGAAAUAGACAGUUGCAGUACAGGUACAGGUGAAGAGUCAGCAUCACCUCAAAACCAAAUCACCUCCAUGGCCCAGGAACUGGAGGCAGACUUAGUGGGAAGGACUAUGGGGCCAAAAGAAGCUAAUUCAGGCACUUCAGGGCAAAAGAAUGUCAAGCUGCCUGAUGCACAGGAAGCAAAAGCAGGGGGAAUUUAUAGCUCUUCGGAGCAACAAAUAGCCGGUGUACCAUCAGAUGUUAUCAAGACUGCACAUAUUGAAAGUACAGGGACAGAUAUACCUAACUUGAAAAUGGAUUCUCUAAGGACAUCUAUAACUGUUUUUGACCAAAAAAGCAGUCAAAACACAUCUCCUUCUAAACUUAGUCAGCAAACCCCAGAAACAUUAAGCUCAGUGCAUUCGGGUACAGAGGAAAAUGGCAUGGGGCCAGUGGAAAACCUAGAAAAUAUGCAAGGCGUUGGAAAAGGUAAAACCGAAUGCAAUAGAACUCCCGAGCCAGUUUCUCCCCUCCCUCAGGUAAAUGGUAAUGAUGGCACGGGAAGUGAAAGCACGUUGAGUAACUCUGUAAUGAGCUCAAAUAAUGGUGUGCUUACUAACAGUACGCAGCCCAGAGUGAACAGUGUUGGUAAGGUUGGAGAACAAGGACCGGUUGUCUCGUUGAAGGACAGCACACAGCAAAAGCUUCUAGUGAAUGGGGAUUUGUCACAGGUAAAUAAUAGUACAGAGAUUGGGACUGAGGAACCAAACCUACCUUCUAAGGUAGAUGCAGAGCGCAAGAUGAUGAUACUGAACCAGGACUACAAACCUCCACUAAAGAUGUCGAGGCUGGAGAACAACGUAGGUGCACUUGUAGCUGAUACUCGGAGCACUCAACAGCAUAACAGCACAUCACCAUUUCAGUCAGUGGAGACCAAAACCAGUCCUGUGGUCAAGAUCAUCCGAAUGGCACCGUCCCCUAUACCCUCAGCGGAGGAGUCCAGUCUGAGUGAUGACUUUGCAGAGGAGAAUAGUCACAGUGGGAUGACAGAACCACUUAAGACCAUCAUUACCCAGGUAACCACAACCUCUACAACCACCACAACUGUAGUCUCCACAGAGAUGACGAUGGUCAAAGCACCAUCCAAAGCAUCAGGAGAGAGGACACCGUCUGUGGAAUCGACAACAGAAAGCAGCGCAGUGUCCACCCUUACUACCAUGACCAAAACAACUGUGACCAAAAUUUGUUCCUUGGGGAUUGAUGGUCAGUCAGAAGACAGUCAGAGUGAAAUAGUGACACAGGAACAAAAGGCAGCCUCUGUCAUUAAGUCAGCAACAGACAGUAGGGGUGAAACCUCAGUGUCUUGUGUUUCUGUGAGCCAAGAGGACUAUUCAUCAACAAAGGGCCGUGUUCGCCUCCUCAAGUUCUCUCGCACCAAGAAGACACGCUCAGACACCGCCCUUCCUUCUUACCGCAAGUUUAUCACCAAGAGCAACCGCAAGAGUAUUUUUGUACUGCCACAUGACGAGUUGAAGGUGCUCGGGAGGCGAGGUGGAUUCCGUGAGGUGCCCAUAUUCAGCUACAAUGCCAAGCCAGCUUGGGAUAUCUGGCCAUAUCCUUCACCCAGGCCCACGUUUGGCAUUACCUGGAGGUAUCGCCUGCAGACGGCGAAGACUCUGGCUGGUGUGAGCCUGAUGCUCAGGCUCCUGUGGGCCUCUCUGAGAUGGGAUGACAUGGCUGUGAAACCAUCCGCUGCCUGCACUACACGUACAGAGACGUCAGAUACUGAAAUCACCACCACCGAGAUCAUCAAGCGCCGAGACGUGGGGCCCUAUGGCAUUCGCUCAGAGUACUGCAUCCGGAAAAUCAUCUGUCCACUUGGAGUGCCCGAGACUCCAAAAGAAACCCACACCCCUCAAAGGAAGGGGCUGCGCUCCAGCGCCUUACGCCCGAAGAAACAGGAGCCCGCCAAGCAGACAGGGCCGGUGGUGAUUGAAACCUGGGUGGCUGAGGAGGAGCUGGACCUCUGGGAGAUCAGAGCCUUCUCAGAAAGGGUGGAGAAGGAGAAAGCUCAGGCAGCAGAGCAGGCCAAGAAACGUCUGGAGCAGAAGCCAGGCGGAGUCACAGCUACACCAGCAGGGACUCCCGCAACACCCGCCGCCACGCCGAAAGUCAUCGUCGGUUCACUGUCAGGCCAGGGCACCCCCAGCACCAAGGUGGUACUGUCAACCAAGAUGGGCACCCCUGUCACAUUCCAGCAGAACAAGAAUUUCCAGCAGUCCUUCGCCACCUGGGUGAAGCAGGGUCAAAGCACACAAGGAGCGGGUACAGAGACCACCACAGCAACAUCUAGUGGGAACACUUUCCAGAUUACGGGAACAUCAGUGGGUGGAAAGGUAGUGACCACCAAGCUGCCGCUGCCCGCCAACAGCAAGAUCGUCACAGUCAACGUGCCAACUUCACAAGGAGGUGUGGUUCAGCAGAAGGUGUUGGGUAUCAUCCCAUCCAGCACAGCAGGCGGUGCCCAGACCUACACCACAUUCCAGCCCCGCACUAAUACGCUCAACAUCAGGCCCAACACUCCAGGUUCCCAGCAACAGGUUCUGGCAGCUGGUGGGCAGAUCCGUCCAGGAAUGACAGUGAUCCGAACACCAAUCCAGCAGACGGGACCAAUGGGAAAGACGAUACUCCGAACUCCUCUCGUGGUCCAGCAAGGUCAGGGUGGACAGCAAGUAGUGACGCAGAUCAUUCGUGGCCAGGCAGUUUCCACGGCAAUAUCUGGUGCCAGCCCGGUUGCCACAGUCACUGGCCAGGGGGCGGCCAGCCCUGCCACAGCAGGGCAAACACCACCUGGGACACCACGGGCACAGGGGCAAGGCCAGGUUAAACUGACACUGGCACAACUCACCCAGCUCACACAGAAACAGCAGGCCGGGUCAGGUGUCGAACGGCAGGCCGGUGUCGCUGGCACCCAACAGGCUCUGACAGUGAUGGUUCAGGGGCAGGGCCAGACCAGCGGUCAGCUGCAGAUCAUACCUCAAGGCGUCACCGUCAUCCCGGGACCCGGCCAGCAGCUCAUGCAGGCAGCGUUGCCCAAUGGCCAGGUGCAACGUUUCCUCUUCACCCCCUUGGCUUCAUCUGCCACACCAACAUCAAGCACAGCCACCACAGUUCCUGGCCAGCCAAACUCCACCUCUAACAAAACUCCAGCCCAGCCCGCCCAGCAGGCUGCUGCACCCAUUCAGGCAGGGGCGACCCCCUUGGCCACCACCAGCACUCCUUCAUCAUCCACCCCGCAGGGCCAGUUACCCCCUCAGACGCAGGCUCACAUGCCCAUCCAGUCUCCCACUUCGUUGCAGGUGAAAACGCAGGGAGGAACUGCUCAGCUGCAGCUGCAGCAGACACCACAGCUCAUUAGCAUGUCUGGACUACAGCAGCAGGUACAGGUGUUGGCCCAGCUGCAGGCCCAGCAGGGUGGAGGCUCUCUGCCACAGCACAUCAAACUGCAGCUUCCUAUCCAGAUACAACAGAGCGGGACCACCUCAGCUCAGGGAGGACAGAUUGGGAACGUGGUGACCAUCCAGGCAGCUUCUGUCCAGGAGCAGCUGCAGAGGAUCCAGCAGCUCAGAGAACAGCAACAGCAGAAGAAGAGACAAGCUGCUGAGGCCAAGAGAGAGCAAGUCCUCAAUGCAGCCAGCCAGAGCGACAUCAUUCAGAAACAGGUGGUGAUGAAACAAAACGCUGUGAUUGAGCACCUGAAGCAGAAGAAGACCAUGACGCCUGCAGAGAGAGAAGAGAAUCAGAGGAUGAUAGUAUGCAACCAGGUGAUGAAGUUCAUCCUAGACCGGAUAGACAAGGAUGAGAGGCAGGCAGCCAAGAAGAGGAAGAAGGAGGAGGUGGUGGAAGCCAAGAGGAGGUUGGCGAAUGCCAGCAAGCUCUCUUCACUCCUGUACCGGCACAAAGAGAGCCUCAAGAUGGAGAUCCUCAAGAAGCGGGCGCUUCUUGACAAGGAACUGCAGCUAGAGGCCCAGGAGGAGCUGAAGAGAGACCUUUUACGGAUGCGGAGGGAGAAGGAGAGGGCUCAGGCUGCAGCCCAACAGGCGGCCCAGGCAGCUGCCGCCGCCGCCGCCCGCAACCAGCAGCAACACACUCUGGCACACGCACACAGCAUCGCCUCACAGCACCACCUCACCACGACCGUCACUUCCACACACAAGAGGAAACGGGAGGAGGAGAGAGAGACUGUGACGUCAGCCAAGUCCAAGAAGAAGAAGAUGAUCUCGACAACAAGCGCCAAGGAGAGCAAGAAGGACACCAAGCUCUACUGCAUCUGCAAGACGCCCUACGAUGAGACCAAGUUCUACAUUGGUUGUGACUUGUGUACCAACUGGUAUCAUGGAGACUGUGUGGGCAUCACAGAGAAGGAGGCCAAGAAGAUGGAUGACUACAUCUGCGUGGAGUGUAAACGGGGCCAGGAAGCCAGCACAGAGGAGCUGUACUGCAUCUGUCAGACACCAUACGACGAGUCCCAGUUUUACAUCGGCUGUGACCGGUGUCAGAACUGGUACCACGGUCGCUGUGUGGGGAUCCUACAGAGCGAGGCCAACCACAUCGAUGAAUACGUAUGCCCGCAGUGUCAGUCCACAGAGGACGCCAUGACGGUCUUCACACCGCUCACUGACAAGGACUAUGAGGGCCUGCGGCGAACUCUGCGUUCCUUACAGGCACAUAAAAUGGCAUGGCCGUUCCUGGAGCCAGUGGACACAAAUGAUGCCCCGGACUACUACAGGGUCAUCAAGGAACCAAUGGACCUUUCCACCAUGGAGGAGAGGUUACAGAAGCGUGAGUAUGUCAAGCUGACAGAGUUUGUAGCGGACAUGACCAAAAUCUUCGACAACUGCCGCUACUACAACCCCAGUGACUCGCCCUUCUACCAGUGUGCCGAGGUUCUGGAGACCUUCUUUGUCCAGAAACUCAAAGGCUUCAAAGCCAGCAGAUUGUGAUGUCAAACUCCUGGGUGCUGGGGUCACUCUUAAAACAAACAAAAAAAAAUUAUUUGCUAUCUCGGAUGUUGCUGUUUUUACUUGUCUAAAACAGCGUUAAAAACUUUGUAUGAAAGUGCAUAUAUUAAGCCACACUGUAGGUGUGAUCCUUUUUUAUUUUAGAAGCAAAGGAAAGAAAAACGUUUCUACUGUCUUAUAAUGGCAGCCAUGUUGGUAACACAAAGCAUUCAAGGGAAAAUGUAUUUUCUUACACUUGCAACAGAUGACUGAUAUUUUGUUUAUGUUUGAGUUGAAUAUAAGACAAAAUAUGAAGUUUGUCAUUCUCUUCCUUGAGAUUCAGUUUUGACAAAAAAAGAAAUUAAAAAAGCUAUUGGUUUUGAUUGUGAAAACUACACACACACACAGAUAACUUAUCUUUUAAUUUGACACAACUGUUGUUUAUCGUCUUUGUCAUAACAUGCUGCAGCAGAACAUUUUUACCUCAUUUCUUAGCUGAGAGUUUUUUUAAAAAAAGCAUGCAACAUUAUUAGUUUCUUUUUAUUCGUUGUAUCCAUGUCUAAUUUUAUUUCAUGUGCAUAUUAUAUUUUUUGUGAAGGACUAUUUUUGUGUUCUAAAGGAAAUAAUGGUAGGAUCUGUAAAGAUAGAUUGGAGAAAAAUGUAGUUUAGCUUUCCUGUUCUAAAUAUGGCAAGCUUGACUGUCUCCAGUUUAAAAAUAAAAAUAAAAAAAAAAAAGAAAAGUUCUUGUAUAUACACUGUUGGGCUCACAUCGCAUCACACACUUCGAAAACAUUUCACCAACAUGGCUGCUUGGUCUCUGUCAAAGUGUCUGACCCACUGGCAUCCAAUACCUGUUUUUGUUUUGUUUGUUUUUGUAUUUCCACUAGUGCAUAUUUUUGUCAUAUUGUAAAGCUUUUAAUAAAAAAGGAAACAACAAGAA